UACAUGUAUAUAUUAUUAAGAUAAUAUAUACAUCUGAUUUUAUUUUUUACAAAAAGUUUAUUUUGCUCCAUUUUUGAAAAAAGAAGGAGCGUGGGUGGCAGGCGGUUUUUAUAAAUUAUCCUUAUUUUUGGUUAUUUGUCUCUGUCCUUCCCCACCCCCUGCUGAAGCGAAAAUAAGGGCAGGGACCGCGGCUCCUACCUAUCCGUAACCCCCUUACCCGUUCCUCCCCCUCCCUAACGCUGAGCAUAGUGCCCUGCACACAGUAGGCGCUCAAUAAAUGUUCGUGGAUGAUGAUGAUGAUGAUGAUGAAGAAAAUGCAGCAUCAACGGCAGCAGCAAGAGGACCACGCGAACGAGGCAAACUAUGCAAGAGGCACCAGACUCCCUAUUUCUGGUGAAGGACCAACUUCUCAGCCGAACAGCUCCAAGCAAACGGUCCUGUCUUGGCAAGCUGCAAUCGAUGCUGCUAGACAGGCCAAGGCCGCCCAGACCAUGAGCACUUCCGCACCUCCACCUGUAGGAUCAAUCUCCCAAAGAAAACGUCAGCAAUACGCCAAGAGCAAAAAACAGGGUAACUCGUCCAACAGCCGGCCUGCCCGUGCCCUCUUCUGUUUAUCGCUCAAUAACCCCAUCCGAAGAGCCUGCAUUAGUAUAGUGGAAUGGAAACCAUUUGACAUAUUUAUAUUAUUGGCUAUUUUUGCCAAUUGUGUGGCCUUAGCUAUUUACAUCCCAUUCCCUGAAGAUGAUUCUAAUUCAACAAAUCAUAACUUGGAAAAAGUAGAAUAUGCCUUCCUGAUUAUUUUUACAGUGGAGACAUUUCUGAAGAUUAUAGCAUACGGAUUGUUGCUGCACCCUAACGCUUAUGUUAGGAAUGGAUGGAAUUUACUGGAUUUUGUUAUAGUAAUUGUAGGGUUGUUUAGUGUAAUUUUGGAACAAUUAACCAAAGAAACAGAGGGCGGGAACCACUCCAGUGGCAAAUCGGGAGGCUUUGACGUCAAGGCCCUCCGUGCCUUCCGAGUGCUAAGACCACUGCGACUUGUAUCAGGAGUGCCCAGUUUACAAGUUGUUCUGAACUCCAUUAUAAAAGCCAUGGUCCCUCUCCUUCACAUAGCCCUUUUGGUAUUAUUUGUAAUUAUCAUCUAUGCUAUUAUAGGAUUGGAACUUUUUAUUGGAAAAAUGCACAAAACAUGUUUUUUUGCUGACUCAGAUAUCGUAGCUGAAGAGGACCCAGCUCCAUGUGCGUUCUCAGGGAAUGGACGCCAGUGUUCCGCCAAUGGCACGGAGUGCAGGAGUGGCUGGGUGGGCCCCAAUGGGGGCAUCACUAACUUUGAUAACUUUGCCUUUGCCAUGCUCACUGUGUUCCAGUGCAUCACCAUGGAGGGCUGGACAGAUGUGCUCUACUGGAUGAAUGAUGCUAUGGGAUUUGAAUUGCCCUGGGUGUAUUUUGUGAGUCUCGUCAUCUUUGGGUCAUUUUUCGUACUAAAUCUUGUACUUGGUGUAUUGAGCGGAGAAUUCUCCAAGGAAAGAGAGAAGGCUAAAGCGCGGGGAGAUUUCCAGAAGCUUCGAGAGAAGCAGCAGCUGGAAGAGGAUCUCAAGGGCUACUUGGAUUGGAUCACCCAAGCAGAAGACAUAGAUCCUGAGAACGAAGAGGAGGGUGGAGAGGAAGGCAAACGAAACACCAGCAUGCCCACCAGUGAGACUGAAUCUGUGAACACAGAGAACAACGUCAGUGGUGAAGGCGAGACCCGGGGCUGCUGUGGAAGUCUCUGGUGCUGGUGGAAAAGAAGAGGAGCGGCCAAGACUGGGCCCUCUGGGUGUCGGCGGUGGGGUCAGGCUAUCUCGAAAUCCAAACUCAGCCGACGCUGGCGUCGUUGGAACCGAUUCAAUCGCAGGAGAUGCAGGGCUGCCGUGAAAUCCGUCACGUUUUACUGGCUGGUCAUUGUCCUGGUGUUUCUCAACACUUUAACUAUUUCCUCUGAGCACUACAAUCAGCCAGACUGGCUGACACAGAUUCAAGAUACUGCAAACAAAGUCCUGUUGGCGCUGUUCACCUGUGAGAUGCUGGUGAAGAUGUACAGCUUGGGCCUCCAGGCGUACUUUGUCUCUCUCUUCAACCGCUUUGACUGCUUUGUGGUGUGUGGGGGGAUCACCGAGACCAUUCUGGUGGAGCUGGAGCUCAUGUCCCCUCUGGGGGUCUCCGUGUUCCGGUGUGUGCGCCUCCUGAGGAUCUUCAAAGUGACCAGGCACUGGACCUCCCUGAGCAAUCUGGUGGCAUCCUUGUUGAACUCCAUGAAGUCCAUUGCUUCGCUGCUGUUGCUGCUCUUCCUCUUCAUCAUCAUCUUCUCCUUGCUGGGCAUGCAGCUGUUUGGUGGGAAGUUUAAUUUUGACGAAACCCAAACCAAGCGAAGCACCUUUGACAACUUCCCCCAAGCGCUCCUGACUGUGUUCCAGAUCCUGACAGGUGAAGACUGGAAUGCGGUGAUGUAUGAUGGCAUCAUGGCCUAUGGAGGCCCAUCCUCCUCCGGGAUGAUUGUCUGCAUCUAUUUCAUCAUCCUUUUCAUCUGUGGCAACUAUAUCCUACUGAAUGUCUUCUUGGCCAUCGCUGUAGACAAUUUGGCUGAUGCUGAAAGUUUGAACACUGCUCAGAAAGAGGAAGCUGAAGAAAAAGAAAGGAAAAAAAUUGCCAGAAAAGAAAGCCUAGAAAAUAAAAAGAACAACAAACCAGAAGUCAACCAGAUAGCCAACAGUGACAACAAGGUUACAAUUGAUGAUUAUCAGGAAGAGACUGAAGACAAGGACCCCUACCCGCCCUGUGAUGUGCCAGUAGGUGAAGAGGAAGAGGAGGAGGAAGAGGAUGAGCCUGAGGUUCCUGCUGGUCCCCGUCCUCGCAGAAUCUCAGAGUUGAACAUGAAGGAGAAAAUUGCGCCCAUCCCCGAAGGAAGUGCUUUCUUCAUUCUUAGCAAGACCAACCCGAUCCGUGUGGGCUGCCACAAGCUCAUUAACCACCACAUCUUCACCAACCUUAUCCUGGUCUUCAUCAUGCUGAGCAGCGCCGCCCUUGCAGCCGAAGAUCCCAUCCGCAGCCACUCAUUCCGGAACACUAUACUGGGUUACUUUGACUAUGCUUUCACAGCCAUCUUUACGGUUGAGAUCCUGUUAAAGAUGACAACUUUUGGAGCUUUCCUGCAUAAAGGGGCUUUCUGCAGAAACUACUUCAAUUUGCUGGACAUGCUGGUUGUUGGAGUGUCUCUGGUGUCGUUUGGGAUUCAAUCCAGCGCCAUCUCCGUGGUGAAGAUUCUCAGGGUCUUGAGGGUCUUGAGGCCCCUCAGAGCAAUCAACAGAGCAAAAGGGCUUAAGCACGUUGUCCAGUGUGUCUUUGUGGCCAUCCGAACCAUCGGCAACAUCAUGAUCGUCACCACCCUGCUCCAGUUCAUGUUUGCAUGCAUUGGGGUCCAGUUGUUCAAGGGGAAGUUCUAUCGAUGUACAGACGAAGCCAAAAGUAACCCUGAAGAAUGCAGGGGGCUUUUCAUUCUUUAUAAGGAUGGCGAUGUCGACAGUCCUGUGGUCCGUGAGAGGAUCUGGCAGAACAGUGACUUCAAUUUUGAUAAUGUCCUUUCAGCCAUGAUGGCGCUCUUCACAGUCUCAACUUUUGAGGGCUGGCCUGCGUUGCUGUAUAAAGCCAUUGACUCGAACGGAGAGAAUGUUGGUCCCGUCUACAACUACCGUGUGGAGAUCUCCAUCUUCUUCAUCAUCUACAUCAUCAUUGUUGCCUUCUUCAUGAUGAACAUCUUUGUGGGCUUCGUCAUCGUCACCUUCCAGGAACAAGGAGAAAAAGAGUAUAAGAACUGUGAGCUCGACAAAAAUCAGCGCCAGUGUGUUGAAUAUGCCUUGAAAGCACGCCCCUUAAGGAGAUACAUCCCCAAGAACCCCUACCAGUACAAGUUCUGGUAUGUGGUGAACUCCUCGCCUUUUGAAUACAUGAUGUUCGUCCUCAUCAUGCUCAACACACUCUGCCUGGCCAUGCAGCACUACGAGCAGUCCAAGAUGUUCAAUGAUGCCAUGGACAUUCUGAAUAUGGUCUUCACGGGGGUGUUCACUGUUGAGAUGGUUUUGAAAGUCAUCGCAUUUAAGCCCAAGGGGUAUUUUAGUGACGCCUGGAACACGUUUGACUCCCUCAUCGUAAUCGGCAGCAUUAUAGACGUGGCCCUCAGCGAAGCCGACCCAACUGAAAGUGAAAGUGUCCCUCUCCCAACUGCUACACCUGGGAACUCUGAAGAGAGCAAUAGAAUCUCCAUCACCUUUUUCCGUCUUUUCCGAGUGAUGCGCUUGGUGAAGCUUCUCAGCAGGGGGGAAGGCAUCCGGACUCUGCUGUGGACGUUCAUCAAGUCCUUUCAGGCACUCCCAUAUGUCGCCCUCCUCAUUGCCAUGCUCUUCUUCAUCUAUGCAGUCAUUGGCAUGCAGAUGUUUGGGAAAGUUGCCAUGAGAGAUAACAACCAGAUCAAUAGGAACAACAACUUCCAAACGUUUCCACAGGCAGUACUGCUGCUCUUCAGGUGUGCCACUGGGGAAGCCUGGCAGGAGAUCAUGCUUGCCUGCCUCCCAGGGAAGCUGUGUGACCCAGACUCAGAUUACAACCCCGGAGAGGAGUACACUUGUGGGAGCAACUUUGCCAUUGUGUAUUUCAUCAGCUUUUACAUGCUCUGCGCGUUCCUGAUUAUCAACCUCUUCGUGGCUGUUAUCAUGGACAAUUUCGACUACCUGACCCGGGACUGGUCUAUUCUGGGGCCCCACCACUUGGAUGAAUUCAAAAGGAUAUGGUCAGAAUAUGACCCCGAAGCAAAGGGAAGGAUAAAACACCUUGAUGUGGUCACUCUGCUCCGACGAAUCCAGCCUCCUCUGGGGUUUGGGAAGUUAUGUCCACACCGAGUAGCAUGUAAGAGAUUAGUUGCCAUGAACAUGCCUCUCAACAGUGAUGGGACAGUCAUGUUCAAUGCAACCCUGUUUGCUUUGGUCCGGACGGCUCUCAAGAUCAAGACUGAAGGGAACUUGGAGCAAGCUAAUGAAGAACUCCGAGCUGUGAUAAAGAAAAUCUGGAAGAAGACAAGCAUGAAGCUCCUUGACCAAGUUGUUCCUCCAGCUGGUGAUGAUGAGGUAACCGUGGGGAAGUUCUAUGCCACUUUCCUGAUACAGGACUACUUUAGGAAAUUCAAGAAACGGAAAGAACAAGGACUGGUGGGCAAGUACCCCGCGAAGAACACCACAAUUGCCCUACAGGCGGGAUUAAGGACUCUGCAUGACAUUGGGCCAGAAAUCCGGCGUGCUAUCUCCUGUGACUUGCAAGAUGACGACCCAGAAGAAUCAAAAGCAGACGAAGACGAUGUAUUCAAAAGAAAUGGUGCCCUGCUUGGAAACCAUGUCAAUCAUGUUAAUAGUGAUAGGAGAGAUUCCCUUCAGCAGACCAAUACCACCCACCGUCCCCUGCAUGUCCAAAGGCCUUCAAUUCCACCUGCAAGUGAUACUGAGAAACCGCUGUUUCCUCCAGCAGGAAAUUCGGUGUGUCAUAACCAUCAUAACCAUAAUUCCAUAGGGAAGCAAGUUCCCACCUCAACAAAUGCCAAUCUCAAUAAUGCCAAUAUGUCCAAAGCUGCCCACGGAAAGCGGCCCAGCAUUGGGAACCUUGAGCAUGUGUCUGAAAAUGGGCAUUACUCCUACAAGCAUGAUCGAGAGCUUCAAAGAAGGUCCAGUAUUAAAAGAACCCGCUAUUAUGAAACUUACAUUCGGUCUGAGUCAGGAGAUGAACAGCUUCCAACUAUUUGCCGAGAAGACCCCGAGACACCUGGCCACUUUAGAGAUCCCUACUGCUUGGGGGAACAGGAGUAUUUCAGUAGUGAGGAGUGUUGUGAGGACGACAGCUCCCCCACUUGGAGCAGGCAAAACUACAGCUAUUACAACAGGUACCCAGGCAGCUCCAUGGACUUUGAGAGGCCCCGAGGCUACCAUCACCCCCAAGGCUUCUUAGAAGAUGAUGACUCACCCAUUGGCUAUGAUUCACGGAGAUCUCCGAGGAGACGCCUUCUACCUCCCACGCCACCAUCCCAUCGGAGGCCGUCCUUCAACUUCGAGUGUCUGCGCAGGCAAAGCAGUCAAGAAGACAUCCUUCCGUCGCCUGCCCUGCCUCACCGGGCCGCCCUGCCCCUGCACCUGAUGCAGCAGCAGAUCAUGGCCGUAGCAGGCCUCGACUCCAGUAAAGCCCAGAAGUACUCUCCAAGCCACUCCACCCGGUCAUGGGCCACCCCUCCAGCCACCCCUCCAUACCGGGACUGGACCCCGUGCUACACUCCCCUGAUCCAGGUGGACCGCUCAGAGUCUCUGGACCAGGUCAACGGCAGCCUGCCAUCCCUACACCGCAGUUCCUGGUACACGGAUGAGCCUGACAUCUCCUAUAGGACUUUCACACCAGCUAGCCUGACCGUCCCCAGCAGCUUCCGGAACAAAAACAGUGACAAGCAAAGGAGCGCAGACAGCCUGGUGGAAGCAGUCCUGAUAUCCGAAGGCUUAGGACGCUACGCAAGGGACCCAAAAUUUGUGUCAGCAACAAAACAUGAGAUCGCCGAUGCCUGUGACCUAACCAUUGACGAGAUGGAGAGUGCGGCAAGCACUCUGCUCAAUGGCAGCGUGUGUCCUCGAGCCAAUGGGGACAUGGGCCCCAUCUCACACCGCCAGGACUAUGAACUCCAGGACUUUGGUCCCGGCUACAGUGAUGAGGAGCCAGACCCUGGGAGAGAGGAAGAGGACCUGGCAGAUGAAAUGAUCUGCAUCACUACCUUGUAGCCCAGUGAGGGCAGGCUGGCUUCAGCCUGAGAUGGGCACAGGAGGGCCAGGGAUAGAGUGCCUCAUGGUUAGGAAAGUUUAGGCACUAGUUGGGAGGAAAUGCUCAAUUAGACUUUUGUACAAGUGAUAUCACGCCCCCAAGGAAGCCAUAACCUGGUAGGAGCAGGUUCUGAGUGGCCAAGCAUGUGGUAUGCCACAUACCCAGGCCCAGCCUCAGAAGACAGUAUGUCUGGCCCCUCGGGAGGAUGGGUGAGGAGGGCAGCCUGGCCUGCACAGAGGCCCGAAGGUCUGCCCAGGAAUUUAAGUUUCACACCCAGGGCACAUGACAGAGAGGUUAAAGGUGAUGGCAGUCACCACAUCUGUGUCAUUAGCUCGGCCAUCAGUCUAGCAUAUCAGACACUCACUGGGCCCAUCAUUCUCCAUUUCUGAACCCCCUCCCCCAACACACUGCUUCCUGACUCCUGGGCAGCUGUUCUGAACAGUCCACACCGGAACUCAGCCGCAAGUGGUCAUAGUGAGGGGAGUGGGGACCGGACAGGCACGGUUCUGUCAUGCGACGCCAGUUUACAUAAGAGAGCGUCACUCAGACGGUCAGUUCUGUCACCUAAGGGCAACUGUAAACUGGAGAGUAACACACUUGCAAACCAGGUAAACUUAGAUACGUUAGUUUGUUUAAAAAUUAUAGGUUUACUGUACAUGACUUGUAAUAUACAAUUUGUAUUUGUAAAGAGAUGGUCUAUAUUUUGUAAUUAUCGUACCGUAUUUGAACUGCAGCAAUAUCCAAUGGGUCCUAAACAAUUGUAGUUUCCCACCAAAAUCUAGAAAUUAUUAGUAUUUUUACUUGGGCUAAACAGAACUAGGAGAAUUAGAGCCAAUUCUCACGUCUUCAGUAAAAGAAUCUUUUGGGGAUAAACUUUUGAGUUCAAAAAAAUCUUGACCACCUCAGAAAUUUUUCUAAAAUAUUUUGAGUCACUAUAAACCUAUCUUUACAUAAGAUA